UCUUCUGGAUUGCACGCGACAUGUGGUCUUAGUGCUUGGCCCUCCAAAAAUAUCGGCGAGCCCUUGAAAGAUCGUCCAACAGAACAAAAACUCUUUGCAACUGGAACUACUUGUACUGGUGCUCCGUGUCGCCACUCUUCUUUUGUCUUCGUUCACUCCCGCCACCCUCCCCGGCAUGCCGCCGUCGUCGCCGCCUCCACUGCAGCCCUCGCGCUAGCGCCUGCCUCUGCUGCCAACCAUGGCGUCUCAAGACUCGCAGAUGUUCCACUGGCACUACACGGAGCUCGACGACCGCAACUUCCAAGUCCGAGGCCACACCCUCUUCUACGUCGUCGUGCUGUUCGCUGUCGUCCUCCUCGCCGCCCUUUUCUUCCUCUACGCUCGCCGGGUCUGCAGUCCGCCUCCGGAGGCUUCCCACGGCGCCGCGGUGGAUGCAGCCGUGCCUGGGCUCCCGCUGGGCCUUGACGCCGGUGCCAUCGACAAGCUGCCCAUCGUGCUGCAUGGCGGGGCGGCGACGGGGGUGGAGGAAGCCGGCGAAUGCAGCAUAUGCCUCGGGGCGUUCGAAGACGGGGAGAAGGUGAAGGUGUUGCCAAAGUGUGGGCACUGUUACCACAGCGCGUGCGUUGACCAGUGGCUCGUGACUCGGUCGGUUUGCCCGCUGUGUCGGGCGCCUCUCCGAGUCGACUCGGCGGGCCCGUGAGUCGGAGACUGAGUGGGAACGAGUUGACAAGCUCAAAAUAUCUUGCAUCUCGACCUCCCUCCACUAGCGUCUA